GAUGUCGUCAUUUUUCGUCAUAUGACGUAUGACGCAUACAAAAAUUCAGAAAUCAAUUGCCUUUGAAAACCUAAUUUUAAUUGUGAAAUACGGGUGUAACUCGAGAUCUAUGCAAAUUCCUCGUGCCCGAGUAUAACACGCGUUUUGUAAUAAAUUGUAAUACAUAAAUUAUUGUGUAAACAAUGGCAGCUUCGCCGAUUUACAACCCGCCAAUACCAUGCGUGCAGCCCAUCCCCGGGGGCAUGUUCCCCGGCAGGAUGCUGAGGUUCCAGGGUACCGUGCCUCCUGGUGCUGAGAGAUUCGCGAUAAACCUGCAGUGCGGGCCGAACACGGACCCGCGCGACGACAUCGCGCUGCACUUGAACUUCCGCUUCGUGGAGAUGUGCGUGGUGCGCAACCACCUGUCCACCAUGAACUGGGGGCUGGAGGACACCAGCGGCGGCAUGCCCCUCGCCCGUGGACAGCCCUUCGAGGCGCUCGUGCUCUGUGAACCCCAGUCUAUGAAGGUGGCGCUGAACGGGGUGCACUUCUGCGAGUUCCCGCACCGGCUGCCGUACCAGCGCGUCUCGCACUUCACCGUCGACGGCGACGUCAUGGUCAACUUCGUCGGCAUCGAGGGCGCGCAGCCGCCGCCGCAGCAGAUGUACAUGUCGGAGCCGCCGACGUACGGGUCGUACGGCGCCCCGCCCCCCGCAUACGGCGCGCCCGGCUACGGCGGCCAGCAAGGUUUCACCUCGGGUCAGGCUUACACGACGAGUUACGCGCCGUCGGCGAUGCCGGAGCGGCGCGGGCUGGGCACGGGCGCGGCGGUGGGGCUCGGCGUGGGCGCGCUGGCGGCGGGCGGGCUCGCCGGCUACGCGCUCGGCGGCGGCUUCAGCAGCGACAGCCCCACUGAGGAGGUGCAGGUGGCGAGCUUCUCGGAGAGCGCAGACUUCGGCGGCGACGACUGGAUGGACUGAAGCGGCCUCACGUCAUAACACUCCGUGCCAGGAGGAUUUACAAAACUACAGUCGACACGUGCUUUUGCGGGCUCUGGAAAUUAUAUUACUAAAUAAGCUGUCAGCCACCGCAGGGGUUGUAAACAUUUAUCACUUAAAUGUAAAGUGGUCCGUGACAUUCCCGGGGUUGUAUUUACAACUCUUGUAAACAUUUACAAUUCUUAUAAACAGAACAUUUCAAUCAUUCGUUAGAAUUGCAAAUGUUUACAAAAUACAAAAUACUUAAUCCUCUAAAGAACACCAAUAAUUGGGUCAAAGAAGACCUCAUUCAAUUAAAUUAUCACUUCGGAAAAGUAAAGAGUGAUUUUAUCCUCCUGGUACGUGAUAUAGUUACAUAUUAUUGUUUAAGCUAACUCUUAAUAUUAUAUUAUCACCGUGAUUUGAUCUACCACUCGAAACAUAGAAGCUAUAUCUGAGAUUAUAUACCUAAACCUAGGUUGGAAAAGAGCAAAAAGUCGUAACAAAUUAGAAUUUAUAAUCCAAAGUUGGUCUUAUCGCACUGGCGAGUUGCGAGCGAGCGGAGAGCGGGGCCACCGCGACUGCAUGUUCGCAACGCGUGCGUAAUGAACAGUUCCAGACCGCCAGUUCGUCGCGAGUUUGCGUUGCACUAUACCAGUGUUUCCCAACCUUUUUCAGCCAGGAAGUAAAGCACAGUUUUUACGGACACCCUUAAUAAAAUAAACAGCAAAAAAAAUCGGAUUACGUAUGGUCCAGAGAUGACACCGCAGACCCCCAAACAUAUACUCGCGGACUCCCAGGAGUCCGCGGACCACAGGUUAAGAAACACUUCACUAUACGAUACCGCUGGAUUUAUAUUCUAAAGCGCAAAUGCGCUUUUUGCCGCUGCACCAUGAGAUCAACUGCAUUUUUAUGUAACGAUUUAUUAAAUUGCGGUGCGAUCGCCCUGUGUUUUACAUACAAUUGCUUGUGACCUCGCGGUGCAGCCGCCAAACCACGCAUAAUAUAAUUCGAGCCUACUACUGAAUGUGUAAAAUGCGAAUAGCACGUAAACUUGCUGCGAACACGCGUCGUGUUCGUGACGCACACGCAGCGAGCUGCCAUUCGCUCGCAACUUGCCUGUGUAAAGGCCCUAGUUAGUAGUUAUUGAAUUUGCAAGCCCGAAGUUCGUUUGGCACCGUGCACCGGUGUGUAGUGUGGUGUGAGACCCCCUUACAACGUUUUGUCCUUGUCCGAUACGUUAGCAUGGGCGUAGCUACCGCCACGCAUAAGCACGAAUGAAAAAAAAAUCAAAUAUUUUUUUUAUUUACAAAUUACUAAAUUUAAAAAAUACAGCUCCAUCGUUUUCCAUGAAUAGCGUGAGUUUAAAAUUGGCAACACCCUAUGCACUUCUUUUGUGAGAAACCCAUACUAUUUCUACUAGGGGCCUCCAAACAAAUUUUUAAGUCCCGCUAAGGCGCUCCGCUUCUGUAUGUUAGAUCAGUCGCUUGACAGACAAGGACAAAACAUUGCAUAACUUUAAACUCUGUAAUACACAGUGUGUAUCAUUUGAUUAGUAAAAGGGCUGUACUCUUGUUUGUUUUAUAUUGUUCUGUGAGAUAUUCUAGUUUAAUUAUUUGGUUAUUUCAAUCUAUGACGUAAAAUGAUUUACUAAAAGUACGUAUCAAAUAUUCGAAACUCUUAAAAACUUUGUAUGCUUAUGGUGAAUAUUAUUUGAUGUCUUUAUAGUUUAUUAGGUAAGGCUCCUUAAAGAGAAUCUUCACAGACCGCAGUUUUAUACUAAUCACUUCUUAUCAUGUGUAGUUUAGUUCUUAUUUUGUCCUUUAUCAAGAGAAAGUGCUAGUAUAAUGUUUUUUUGAACGUCUCGAGCGAGUCACCUAGAUAGUAAAAUUGUUAGAUUUUUUAUUAUGUAAUGGCCUUAUAUAGCUUACAUGUUACAUGAUUAGGAAGAGUUUAUAAGCGCACCUGCUAUUUAUAAACAGUUGUAAUAUGUAAGAGACUGUAAUAGAUGUUUGAUCGUGAGAUGAGUGUCGAUUUAUAUGAGUCCGCGCGAACGAGCGGCUCGGCCGCUCACCGCGAGAGCCGAGAUCACAAGCAACGAUAUUUUAUUUAAUUACUGGUGCUGUCGUGCCACUAUUCACAUAAAAUAGCUUGUGAUCUUGCGUUGUAGCGGGUUUGGCUACAAAGCAAUUUUAUGGAAUAUGAACUAGAGCACAUACACUUGAGUAUCCAGAAACCUUUACACCGAGUCUGAUAUCUAAAUUAGACAUUGAAAAUUCGACUUCGAUACAGUUUCAAUUCCGCCUUGUGUUACCUACUUGUUACCAUACAGUAAAUAUACAUGUAAGUAUUUCUGGUCUCUGACUACAGUCUACACUCUACAGAAUGCUAUUCUCGUGGGCUGUCCUAUCACCGACAAACGCAUACUGGCUAAUGCUGGAAAAUGGAUAAACAGUAAUCAUUAUCGCAACUUUUUUGACGCAUAAGAGAAUUUGCUGUUUAAUGGGAUCCUGGAGCCGGGCGGCCGGGGCGGAAUCGUAGUACUGAAAAUAAAAACAACGUGAAAUUAGUUGCCUAAAUGUUUAACCUUAGAUACAAGAUGUCGCUAAGUGAUAUUAAUACUUUAGCGUGUGUACUGUGUAUGUGUCCCUUAAUUUGAGUUCACUGUCCAGGUAGCAGCGCUGAAGGAGCAAUUUUUUUUUGUGAUUUGUAUAAUGUAUGGGCAAGAAACUUAGCGUCAUGCAUUUUUAUACAAAAGAAAAUAAAAAUAUAUUACUCUUUCAGCGCUGCUACUUUCACAGCG